AAAGCGCGCAGGGGCGCGCGCGCGCGCAGGGGGGCGGGGUGGAGCAGCGCCCCGCCCGGCCAGAGGCAGGAAAACAAGAGCACGUUUCCCUGCAAGAGGCCAGCCCCGCCCCCUUCCCCUGCUCAGCCAAUCCGGCGGGACUAGCUGCCGGGGCGGGGCUCAGGCGGCGCCACUCGUUCGAGCCUCGCGGUUCGCGCCGCGCUACCUUCUCCCGCGGCUGCGGCUGGAGACCCCCCCCCCCCGCCCCACUCCGCGCGCGCCCCGCCCGACUCCGGGCCCAUGGCCUGGCUGAUGGCAGCGCUCUCGGCGGGCACCGCUCUGAAUGUCAACAGUUCUUCUGCUAUGGCUGAGCCAAAGUCAGUGUGUGUUUCAGUGGAUGAGGUGGUCUCAAGUGGCACAGAUAACCAAGAUGCGCGGUUGUUGAAUGGACACUUAAAAAAGGUGGACAGCACUUUAACAGAAGCCCAUCGUUUCUCCUACCUACCCCGGAGACCAGCUGUGAACAUUGAGUUUAAGGAACUGUCAUAUUCUAUCCAGGAAGGACCAUGGUGGAGGAAGAAGGGUUACAAGACCCUUUUGAAAGGAAUUUCAGGGAAGUUCAGCAGUGGAGAACUUGUUGCAAUUAUGGGCCCUUCUGGGGCUGGGAAAUCCACACUGAUGAAUAUCCUGGCAGGGUACAGAGAGACUGGGAUGAAAGGAGCGAUCUUCAUUAACGGGCAGCCUCGCGACCUGCGCUCUUUUCGCAAAGUGUCCUGUUACAUCAUGCAAGAUGACAUGCUGCUCCCUCAUCUUACUGUCCAAGAAGCUAUGAUGGUAUCUGCUCAUCUGAAACUUCAAGAGAAGGAUGAAGGCAGAAAGGAGAUGGUAAAGGAGAUCUUGACAGCUCUGGGUUUGCUGACAUGUGCCAAUACAAGAACUGGAAGUCUUUCUGGGGGCCAGAGGAAGCGUCUUGCCAUUGCUUUGGAGCUGGUGAACAACCCGCCAGUUAUGUUUUUUGAUGAACCUACCAGUGGCUUGGACAGUGCAUCUUGCUUUCAGGUUGUCUCUCUCAUGAAGGCAUUAGCCCAGGGUGGCAGGUCCAUCAUCUGCACUAUUCAUCAACCAAGUGCCAAACUGUUUGAGUUAUUUGAUCAGCUCUGUGUUUUAAGUCAAGGACAAUGUAUUUACCGUGGGAAAGUGUUAAACCUUGUCCCUUAUUUGAGAGAUUUGGGUUUAAACUGUCCAACCUACCACAAUCCAGCAGAUUUUGUGAUGGAGGUUGCAUCUGGUGAAUACGGGGACCAGAACAGUCGGCUGGUCAGAGCAGCACGGGAAGGAAAGUGCAACACAGACUACAAGAGAGAUGCUGGUGGCGAGCAUGAACUGAACCCCUUCUUAUGGCAUCGACCCUCUGAAGAGGACUCUUCAUCCACAGAAGGCUGUCACAGCUUCUCAGCCAGCUGCCUCACCCAGUUCUGCAUCCUCUUUAAAAGAACUUUUCUCACCAUCAUGAGGGAUUCGGUCCUGACACAUUUGCGGAUCACAUCACACAUUGGAAUUGGACUUCUCAUAGGCUUGCUAUAUUUAGGGAUUGGAAAUGAAGCUAAGAAGGUCUUAAGCAACUCUGGCUUCCUCUUUUUUUCCAUGUUGUUCCUUAUGUUUGCUGCUCUCAUGCCAACUGUCCUUACAUUUCCUCUUGAGAUGGGUGUAUUUCUCAGAGAGCAUCUGAACUACUGGUAUAGUCUGAAGGCCUACUAUCUAGCUAAAACCAUGGCUGAUGUUCCUUUUCAGAUUAUGUUUCCUGUGGCGUAUUGCAGCAUCGUGUAUUGGAUGACUUCACAGCCAUCAGAUGCUCUCCGAUUUGUCCUGUUCGCAGCCCUGGGAACAAUGACAUCGCUAGUGGCUCAGUCAUUAGGUCUUCUGAUAGGUGCAGCCUCCACAUCGCUUCAGGUGGCAACAUUCGUGGGUCCAGUUACAGCCAUCCCAGUCCUCCUUUUCUCAGGAUUCUUUGUCAGCUUUGAUACCAUUCCCGCAUACCUCCAAUGGAUGUCCUACAUCUCAUAUGUCAGGUAUGGGUUUGAAGGCGUUAUUCUCUCCAUCUAUGGAUUGGAUCGAGAAGAUCUUCACUGCGACAAAGAUGAUACUUGCCACUUCCAAAAAUCAGCGGCCAUCCUGAGAGAACUGGAUGUAGAAAAUGCCAAACUUUACCUGGACUUCAUUGUGCUUGGAAUUUUCUUCUUCUCUCUGCGUCUCAUUGCCUAUUUUGUUCUCAGAUACAAAAUCCAAGCAGAGAGGUAAAGGAAAAACAAACAAAACUAUCCAAUAGGAAGAACCCUAGACAUACAGUAGAGGGCACUUGUUGUUGUCUCAUUGUGACAGGCUGGUGUCCAGUGCCUAGUUACAGACGCUGUUAUGAUCCAGCCCAUAGAGAACCGUAUUGGGUUAGUGGAUGUGUAGUGUUAAGCUAAUCAGUCCAGUUGGAUUGGGUCACAUUUUCAUUACACUUCUAGCUUUAACUGGGAAGAAGAAAUAGAAGGGAAUUUUGCCAUGUAGAAUUUCAGCUGUGAAACGAUGUAAAAACUGGUUCCAGGAACUUUGCUUUAUGAAAACCAUCUCUGUGAUAAGAUGAUGUUUGUCCUGAUAGCCAGAGUUGUAAAAUGACAUCUUUACGUGGCUGGUGAUUAUUGAUCAACAUUCAGUCAAGUACCAAGUGCGGGAAUGCAAAGAAAGUAAGCAUUAUCACUUCAUUUUAAAUUCAGAGUGUCAUCUUUGAAAUUUUUUUAUGUAUCACUUUGCAGCUCUCUUCCACAAGAAUUAUCCAUCCAAACCCAAAGUCUGUAAGCUUAUUGACUCUCAAGAAAAGAUGUAUCUUUUCAAUAGGGAUGGAUAAUAUGUAAAAAAAAGAAGAAAAAAAUCAGUGAUACAUGUCACUUUUGUGUGUGUAUCUAAAUUUAGAAUUCUGGUGCUUUACUUGACAAGAUGGUCUGAGACUCAGAAAUUGUAAUAGUAAGGAAAAAAGACAAAAUCAGAGUUAGAACUGUAAACCUGUGAUUCCCUAUGUAAAAAAAAUAUAGAGAACAGAUAGGAAUAUUUAAGCUGUCCACAGAUGAUUGCUCUAUUUUUUUAAAAAAUCUGUUUUUGCAAAGUCUUUUAAACCCACCUUAUUUGUGAUACUUAAAAUGCUAAUUGUGUUCAUUAUCCACAUGAAUUACCUCCUGUGAAUGCAAAAGCAAAGAGCUCCAAGGCUGUUUUCUUUUGUAAUGACAUCUAGAAGUUUUUAGCAUUCUGUUGGGUUCUUUGUUUAUCUAGCCCAUAUCUGUGGAUAUGGUUUGUGUCAUUUUACUUUUGGUCAUAUAUGCAUCAGUUGAAACAUUAAAUGCUUCAGAUAUUUCCUUUUGGCUGAAGCUUGAAUAUAGUUAAAGGAAUCCUGCAAACCAGGAUAGCUGGUUAAAUGCUGUCUGUGAGACACUGAACAUUUGUGUCUGAAUUACUGUCAUGGGGUGCUCUACUCACUGCUGAAGCGCCUCCUUCUGUCCACAUCUCGGUAUUAGCUCUACCAGAGCGACUCCCCUUCCUGCUGUUGCACUCCAUCACUCUCUCUUUGUCUCGGGACGGAAACUGCUCCUGCUUCAUGGCUUGGCCCUCAGACCAGGUCAGUGUAGUCUUCCCUCACUUGGGUAUCAGAGUCUCUCAGGACCUACUGUCCCAGGGAGUCUUCCCAUUCACUGCCCCUUCAUAGUGCCACUUCUGCAGUGGCUGGUAGGGGAAUCCAGGCCCACCCUCUAUACUGAAUUCCAACCCAGAGAACCUACAACAAGCAGUUAAGGUCUGCACAGUCCUAAAACUUACUGCUGUAUCCCUGGGCUACUUCCUACCUUGCCUGCUCUCACCCUCAGAGUAACUGCAUCCUCUCUCUCUCUGCAGCCCCUAGCUACUCUCAGCUGCUGGUCUUUAUGCAAGCCCCCCUGUUCCUUCCUGCUGAGCCUGGUCUCUAAUUAGUCCCUGCUCUCUGGCUCCUCCUCCAAGUGCAGUCUAGGCAAUUAAUAGGCCCCCCUGGCCACCUUAACCCCUUCGGGCCUUGCGUAGAGAGGACACCCCAUCACAGUACUCUAUGUAGGAGGCUGGCGUGUGGGUCUACGGUCUUGCAUCAAUGUCUGUGUGACUACAGAAAUUAACACUGUACUGAUCACCACCAUGUUUUCAUUUAGAAAAAGGUGUGAUGGUGUAAGGUGACCCAUUCUGUCCCGAUUGUUCUCACAAAAGGAAGAGUUUCUCUGAUACCCCAUCUACUCCAUGUUAGAUGGAUCUAUUCCAUUCCAAUGAGGUUCUUAUAAACUCAAUUCCAGCAAAGCACUUAAGUACAUACUUAACUUUAUACUUGAGAGUUGUCCUUUGACUUCUGGGACUACUCAUGUCUUCAAAGUGGAGUAUAUGUUGGAAAGCUUUGCUGGAUUAGGGCCAUACUGUCCAGAAAGCUGACAUCUCCUUUUUGCACUGGCUCCAAGGCUGAGGUGAAAAGUGUAUUUGUUAUAUCAAAGGCCUGGUCUACACUUAUAGUUUAGGUCAAUAUAGCUGUGUUGCUCAGGGGCGAGAAAAAUCCACCUCAGAGCUAUGCCAACCUAAGCCCAAGUGUAGCUGCAACUAGGCCGAUGGAAGUAUGCUUCCCUCGACGUAGCUACCAUCACUCAGGGAGGUGGUGUUCCUACAACGAUGGGAAAACUCCUUCCAUUGCUAUAGGCUGUGUCUACACUAUGGGAUUACGCCAACAUAGCUACAGCAUUGUAGCUAUGCCAUUAUCGUCCCUGUAGUGUAGACAUGGCCUUCGUGUAAUGGGUUCAUUCCCCAGAGUGACCCCGACUAAACAGGAAAUAACCUUUUAAGCUCUUUACUACAAUGCAAAGUAUUCUCCUGGGGGGCAGGAAGGAAGGAAGGAAGGAACUGACCACCACAGAGAAGAAGGUAUAUUUUUUUUCUAUGUGCUCACUGUAAAACACAUACUACUGUUAAUGGCAUAAUUGUGCUAAACAAAAAAAUGAUUGUAUACUUAUAUUUUCCUCGCUGUAUAACAAGUGCAAAUCUAGAACUGCUGUUCGAUCCUAAAAAAGGAGUGUUUAGUAUUUACAGCCAUAAGUGCGGUGACAUAAUAGAGUUAUAUUUAAACAUACUGUGUUAAUUCUAUUUCCCUCUUCUCUCCUGCCCUGUGACCCUUGUAUUCGGGAACCAUACAGGGCUCAAGAGAAGAGUUCAGGCAUCAUAACUUGUAUUUGUGAACACAGCCCCCACUGAAAAUCCUUGCGAAGGGGAUGCAACCCCCAGGUGGCCUAACAAACAUGUGCCUCCUUUUUUCAAUUCACCGAGCUCUCCUCUCCUCAACAUUGCCAUUUACUCACCCCCUCAAAUUCCAAAUAAAUACAGUGGACUCGUAGUGGACAAAUCAAGAGGACACUUCCAGCGCUAGGAUCUAUGAAAGUAGCUAACUCAGUGGGUUGAAGUUAGUCCUUUGAGGCUUUGCAAGAUGACAGGGCUUCAUGUAUGGGGUUUGAUCUUAAGCCCUUUGAUACCAGUGGAAACUGUGACUCGCAUUGACUUUAACGGCAGUUGGAUCAGGCCCUGAUGCAGGAAGUGUUAUUAGUUUAGUGAUUCCCAACUUUUUCAGGUAAUUGGAUUUGUUCACAAGGGUUAAGCUGUGCUAGUCAGUACUUGACACCUCCCUUUUGCAGAAUUUUGUAUUGCAGUCUGGCAACUGGGGCCCUGAUUCGGCAUGUUCUUAAAUCCAUCCCUAUUCAGGAAGCAUUUAAACAUGUGCUUCAGCCCCAUUGACUUCAGUGGGAUUUAAACAUCCACUUAAGUGUUUUCCUGAGCAGGGAUGCUUUCCUGAAUUGACCCAUGCCUUUGGUUCAGCCCAUGCUUUGGGAGUUAGCAUGAACACAAAUAGUUGGGUGGUAAACAAUGGAAUCGCUGGAGCAAGAGCAGAAGCCCGUUCUUAAUGCAUGUAGCAAGAGCCUAGAGUUCCUGUCCCAAAGAUCCAGCACUAAUAUUUGCACCAGUAGUUAGGAACCACAAUGAAAAUGAUUUCCGUGCUGUUUUAGCCACCGUCUACACUGAUUUUGCCAAUUAAAUGUGAAUAUUUUUUAUUUUAAAUUUUAACAUCAACAUAGUCUUUUCCUGACAGCGAUUGUGUAGCUCUGUUUCUUUACGUAAAAUCCCAUUAGCGAAUUAUUUGUACAUCAUGGUGUUUGUGUCUGAUUCUGCUUAUUUGUUGGCUAAAAGUGACAGCAACCUCACCCUAGCGCUGCACUGGAGCCUUGCAUGAGAUGUUAAAUCUUACUACGAUAACACAGCAAACCUAGGGCUUGAUCUUGCCUUCACUGCACACCCAGCACUUCCAUGGACUCAUUUUCAGCCUUGUUUUGUUUUUCUCUGACCUGCUGUUUUAUGGUGUCUGUAUCUUAACUCCCUUGGCACAAGCGAUGGGGACAUUAAGCCCUAAUGCAUUUUACCUUGACCUUGUGCAUUGACAAAUCCUGACUCAGUGCACCCCACACCCCCUGGCAGCAGGAAAACAAAGAUUGUAUGUGCGGUAUGCAGCCUUGACCUAUCAGCUCUUUGCUCAGUUGUAUGUACAUCUGUUGCGCUCUUGUAGUUUACACAUUGUGAAGUGCCAUUCAUAAAGUGUGAUAAUACUGAAGACAUUCUAAAAGCUGUGCUGGAACUAAGAAGUAGGCAGGGGCUGAUGUUCUGACAUGUCAUCUGUAUGUUGUAUAACCCCCGUCCCUGCCAUGUCACCAGGUAGGCCCUGUUAGGUCUGCAGCACGGCCACUAGUGAAUACAUAGAGCAAGUAGUUAAGUCCCAUUGAGGUCAAUCUUGUUUUCUUAGAGUUAAGCAUGUGCUAAAGGGCUUUGCUGCAUUGGGUCCCAGAAUACUCAGCAACUUUCCAGGAUUGAAUCCAGACUAUCCUGUUUUAAAUCAUAUUUUUAUAUAGUAGGGAUCAUUUUAACGUGUUACAUUCAGGUGGAUUGCAGUAUGUACGCUACUGUGCUUUGGACAUGUCUAUGAGUUGCAAUUUAAAUUGGUGUGCAAUAGGGGUUGGAAUAGGGGCAGGGAGGGGGUGGAGUUGGGGUGGGGACUUUGGGGAAGGGGUUGGGGUGGGGACUUUGGGGAAGGGAUGGGAAGAGGCGGGACAGGGGUGGGACCUCAUGGAAGGGGUGGAGUGGGGGCAGGGCUGGGGGCGGAGGGUGUCAGUGAUGUGGCCCUCGUACCUCAUACUGUACUAUUCCUCAUGUGGCCCUCCUGGUGAUUUGAGUUUGAGAUCCCUGGUGUAAUGUAUGGUACUUUAUAUUGUUUUCAUUUAAAGGGUCUUCCUUCAAUAGGUCUUUGCUUUCUUCCAAGUCUUUUUCUAAUGUAAAUUAUCAAAUUGGAUCCUCUUCUAGGAUGAAACCCACCUCUGUGCAUGGGACCAGCACAAGGCCUAUCCACAGCUUAAGUGGGACUUCAUUGGGGCAUAGAUCAAGACCUUGGGAGUUAGAUACCUAAAUAUCUUUAAGGCUCUGGGCCAUGGUCCUUCUGCUAGGCUUCUGCACAGGAGUGAAUUUCACCCUUUCAUUCCAAGUUACUUCAUGUCCUUAUUCACUGGGUGUUGCACUGUAUAGUGUAGAAACAGAGUGGCAUAACUGAGCCCUUGGUGCCAAUGUUAGGUAUUCCAAUAUCUUAACAGCCUUUGCAAAAUUUAUUGAAAUACUGAAAAUGGAAGUGCUGGAUUUAAUGGUGUUCCCCCUGCCUUCCCCCCUAAAUAAUCUAAAAUGUACUUUAAGUGUAUUGUAGAGACAAUAUGAAGUCCUUGUUUCUGAAAGAUCUUUGUACUUUGGUGACAUCCAUGAUUUUGCACCAUUACUUCUUAUUUUAGGAACACAUUAAAAUUAAAUGCUAUUAAUGACUUCUUUCUAUUACUUCAGAAAACCAGGCUGCUUGGGUUAAUUCUGACUAUACCAACCUUUACCAAUGGGAAUAUUUUGAAAAACAAUGCAAUAUAAAUAAAAAAUGCUCUGACAGAAAAAUGUUCAUAAAGCAUGCUACAAAAGUUAAUAUACUGCAUUUGUAGUGUCCUCCUCUGAUGGGGAAGGAAAAUGAUAUUUUUUAUUAUAGAUAUGUUUUAAUAGGGGGAAAAAAUCAGUCCUACAGUGUAGCUGGGACUCUAGCUAACUUGUUUUAGACUGUUUGUGCAAUACCUGAUCUCAGUCAGUUGAACUUGUAGUGAGAUAUUGCCCUUGAAUUUGUUAUUGUUAUUAUUUAAUUUUUUAAAAAAAGCAAGAUUCAAUGCAAGUAACAUUUUAAAUCAGUGUGCAAAGGUGUGCAUACACUGUCUGUCUAAUAUGUAAUUGUUUUCUCUCGUUUCCGUGAUGCAAGAUGCAUUACUAGGAAUCAACUUUGUUAUGCUUCUUUAGAGACAGUUGUUGCCUGUGCGCUGAGAUAUAUUUGCACUGUUGUAGAUAUAUAUAAACCUGGUCUUCUUCAGGUUGCUUGUUACCUUUGUAGUUCAUGCUCAUUGGCAAAAUAGACCUGACUACCAACUUUAGGAUGUGAGGCAUUCUAACGAUACAUUAAGCUUUGUAUAUUUCUGUAUACUUGUAGGAGAUUUGUAUGUGCAUUAUUUUCCAAAUUAGGGCUUUGUUUUCUGAAAACAGAGAACAUUUAUGAUGAUGUAACAAAAAUCAAAUAAAGUAUUAAUUAUUUUAA